UUCGCUUGCUUUGCGCAGAGGCUGAGCCACAGCAGGAGAAAGCAAAGCCAAUGUGAUUUAUUGAAUGAAAGCACUGGACAAUUACCAACAACUUGUUCCUCUGCUGCCUCAAACAGUCUCAACUGGAAUUGUUGCAUGAAAAUGACUCAACAAAUGUACAACUUACACCUUUCUCAAUCAAAAAAACAUAGCGCCCCAGCAUCUCCCAAUGCCGCCAAACGCCUGUACAGGAACCUGUCUGAGAAACUGAAGGGGAGUCACUCUUCAUUUGACGAGGCCUAUUUUAGAAACAGGACUGAUCGGCUGAGUCUCAGAAAGCCAUCAGUGAAUUUCCAAGGCAAUGAAGCCAUGUUUGAGGCCGUUGAACAGCAGGACAUUGAUGCUGUGCAGAUCCUCCUGUAUCAGUACACAGCGGAAGAACUAGAUCUCAACACACCCAACAGUGAGGGCUUGACACCCCUGGACAUUGCCAUCAUGACGAACAAUGUGCCCAUUGCUAGGAUUCUCCUGAGGACAGGGGCCCAGGAGAGCCCACACUUUGUCAGCCUGGAAAGCCGAGCAAUGCAUCUCAGUACUCUGGUCCAGGAAGCCCAGCAGAGGGUGAGUGAGCUCUCUGCCCAGCUGGAGAAUGAAGGAUUCACUCUGGACAAUACAGAGAAGGAGAAACAGCUGAAAGCUUGGGAGUGGAAAUACCGGCUCUACCGACGUAUGAAAACAGGCUUCGAACAUGCCCGAGCCCCUGAGGUGCCCACCAAUGCCUGCCUCAUGGUGACGAGCAGCACAGCCCUCACUGUCACCUUCCAAGAGCCUCUUAGUGUCAAUGCAGCUGUGGUGACUAAAUACAAAGUGGAAUGGAGCAUAUCUAAAGACUUUUCCCCACUGGCUGGAGAACUCAUCAUGGACAACCUACAGAACCUGAGAUGCACGAUCACAGGACUAACAAUGGGCCAACAGUACUUUGUUCAAGUCUCAGCUUACAACAUGAAAGGAUGGGGACCUGCUCAACCCACGACACCGGCGUAUGCCUCUCCUUCUAACUGGAAAGACUAUGACGACAGAGAGCCCAGACACAAGGGACAGAGUGAAGUUUUGGAAGGUCUGCUGCAGCAGGUCCGAGCCCUUCAUCAGCAUUUCAGUUGCCGGGAAAGCUCAAAAUUACAAACCACAGGCCGCAAGCAAUCAGUUUCAAGGAGCCUGAAACACCUUUUCCAUUCCUCAAACAAGUUUGUGAAGACUUUAAAACGAGGACUCUACAUAGCUGUUAUAUUUUAUUACAAAGACAAUAUGUUGGUCACCAAUGAAGAUCAAAUACCAAUCGUUGAAAUAGAUGACUCUCACACCAGUUCCAUUAUGCAAGAUUUUCUGUGGUUCACAAAGCUGUCUUGUAUGUGGGAAGACAUAAGGUGGUUAAGGCAAAGCAUACCUAUCUCCAUGUCCUCAUCCACAGUGUUGCAAACCAGGCAGAAGAUGCUUGCAGCAACAGCCCAGCUACAGAACUUGCUGGGAACACACAACCUGGGAAGAGUUUACUACGAGCCCAUUAAAGAUCGGCAUGGAAACACACUCAUAGUCACCAUCAGAGAGGUGGAGAUGCUUUACUCAUUCUUCAAUGGCAAAUGGAUGCAGAUCUCCAAGCUGCAAAGCCAAAGGAAAUCUCUGUCCACACCAGAAGAGCCAACGGCCUUGGAUAUUUUGCUAAUAACCAUCCAGGAUAUCCUCUUCUAUCACAAAAGGAGUCAUCAGCGCCUCUCUCCUGGCUUAUACCUGGGUUACCUAAAGCUGUGCAGCUCUGUGGAUCAGAUCAAAGUUCUGGUCACUCAGAAGUUACCCAACAUUCUCUGUCACGUGAAGAUCCGUGAAAACAACAACAUUUCCAAAGAAGAGUGGGAGUGGGUCCAAAAGCUUUCUGGCUCUGAAGUUAUGGAAAGUGCGAAUCAUACUGCUGACUGCCCCAUGCAAUUGUUCUAUGAGCUCCAGACGGCAGUGAAAGCUCUCCUUAAGCAAAUCAAUAUACCUCUACACCAGGCAAGGAACUUCCGCCUCUACACACAGGAGGUGUUGGAAAUGGGUCACAAUGUGUCCUUUCUUCUCCUGCUCCCUGCCUCAGACGACGUCUGUACAGCCCCAGGACAGAAUAAUCCUUACACCCCACACUCAGGGUUUCUUAACCUCCCUCUUCAGAUGUUUGAACUUGUUCAUUUUUGCAGCUACAGGGAGAAAUUUAUUGGUCUGUAUUGCCGCCUUUCUGCUGUUGUGGAACUGGAUUCUCUGAAUACCCAGCAGUCCCUAAGGGAGGCGAUCUCAGACAGUGAGGUCGCCACUGCCAAACAGAAACACCAGCAAGUCUUAGACUUCAUCCAGCAAAUAGAUGAAGUAUGGCGUGAAAUGAGAUGGAUCAUGGAUGCUCUGCAGUAUGCAAGAUACAAACAGCCAGCUUCCGGCCUGCCCAUCACUAAGCUGAUAGACCCCUCAGAUGAGCAGAACAUAAAGAAGAUCAAUUCUACAUCAUCACAAAUGGACUGUCUUCCAUCACCGUCACCAUCCCCAGAGAUGCACAGGCGAAAGGCAACGAGUGAUUCACAGCCCUGUUCUGAUGAAGAAGGCUGCUCCGAAGUCUUCCUCCCCACCGACAGCGACUAUGACUCCAGCGACGCUCUGAGCCCCCGAGACUUGGACCUGGUCUACUUGUCCUCGCACGACAUCACCCAGCAGGCGCUCUGUAGCCUGAGCGGCAGUGCCCCCGACGUUCUACAGGUGCACGACAUCAAAACUCCAGCGAGGCUGGGUGAGGACGCCCAGAGCCAAGGCCGCGGCCCAGAUCCGGACCACUCGUGCGCGGAGGUCUUCCAUGGCCUGACCCUCACAGAUUUUGUGCCCAAGAUGGUGCCAAGCGCACGGCCGCCACUAGGCUUCCUAGCAAAGCGGAAGCCUGCCAAGCACCAGCACUACAGUGGCUUCAGCCGCCACCAUCGCUGGCUGCGAGUGCAAAGCGAGACGCAGUCGCUCUCCGAGGGCGUUUACACACAGCACCUGUCGCGAGCUUGCGGCCUAGCCCAUGAGACCAGGGAAGCCGAGCGUCCCAGACCUGCCCUCCAUGAGUCCCGAGGCCUGGCUGUGGCUCACGCUGCCAGCCUCCCAGAGGAGCAGAAGUGCAGCAUCCCGAGGUCUCCUGUGCGCGGCCUUUAUAUGGAGUCCUACCCAGCAGCCCUGGCUGACCAGGAAGCAGAGCCGUGGGCGGGCUUAAACCCGCCUUCUGCAGGCUGCGCCGGCCUGUCCAGCCCCACGCGGGAGGAGAUGGGUGGGGAGAGUCCCACCACCUCCCCAGUGUCGGAAAUCCUCAGCAGCAUGUUGUAG